AUGACAUCUAAGUUGCCAGAAUUAAUAAAUUUAAAUGAUUCAGUUGCUUCUUUAACGGAUUUCCUUAAAAAAAUACCCGAAGAAGUCAACACUUCAUUUGAUUACAAAAUCCCUAAUGGUAUUAUUCUGGAUGAAAUUAUUACCUAACUCAUCAAAAAUCCUAAGAAAUAAGAAGAUCACAAAAUUGUAUUCAACGAUUCUGGAUAUCAAAACAUACAAACUAUUCAAUCGAUCUUGGGCAUCGAAUUCUAAGUUACCAAAGACAUAGAUGAAUUGCUCAAUGAAUAAACUCAAAUCUAUUUGGACCAAUUUUUGUCUACUCUGCCAAAAGAGAAAGAAUCUCAAAGUAAUAGCAUUGCCAAUGUACAAAUAAACGAAUUGGAAAAUGCCAAACUAUUACACCAAAAGGAUAUCAUCUAAUUAACUGGAUUGCAAUCCAAGUUGCACAAACAAGAUGUGAGACAAGAAUUGAUUGAAUAACUAUUAGAAUCUAAGAAAUUCAACAUCAGAAUCACACAAUAAUCAAUCAAUUUGUUUAAUGAUUAGUUGAUGUUUAGGAAUUUGUUUUAACAAUUUAGACAACAAUUUGAAGAAUUAAUUUAUUGCAUUCUAAAAUUAGAAACCACUCUUACUUUCAGAACACAAAAGUUGAAAUUAGAAUUACAAAUGAGUUAGAAUGAAAGAGAAAAACUACAAAUCAAAGAAAUCGAAAAGUUGAAAUCCAUCAUCAAAGAGAAAGACGAACAAUUAAUUGAUGUCACGAACAAAAUCUAAUUCAACGUAACUCACUAUCAAAAAUUAGAAGAACAAAUUCAAGUUGCAAAAUAAAACAUCUAAAAAUAACUAGCAUCUAUUAAAUAAUAAAAAUAAUAAAAAGAGGACAAAUAGAAAACUAGUUCCCCCUCUGCUUUGAGUGCUUCCAAAUCUAAUAUAUCAGAUUUAGAAAUUCUAAAAUAAUAAACUAGGAAAGUAAGUAACUCCUAUGCACAUAGAAAUAGAUUUAAAACUGUAUUUUUUAAAAGAUGA